AUGUCGGGCUCUGUACAGUCGGAAGAGGUCCCGCAUGACUUGGACGAUCAGCAUGGUCAGCAGACAAGUGCCUCCCCGAACGAGGUUUUAUCAAAAGGUUCGCCCAACGUCAAGCACCAACCGCAGCCUCCUUCACUUGCAGACAACGUCUCACAAAUAAAGUCAGAGAUCCUCACCUCAUCAAGCUCCGCCGCACUUUCCUCUUUCCCUAUCAGCGCUGCUGAUUCUACCUCCGAUCCCCUAUCAGCGUCCUCUACAUUAUCGGCUCCUCUUUCCAAUAUUCCCUCAUCGUCACCAGCUAAACGACGACCUAGACCUCCAGCGAAAGGUAUUCUGAAACCUCCUCCUCCACCAACCAAGCCGACAUUAGGUAAUAGAUUGAGAGACAUAGUGGGCGGCGCUGUGAACACGGCUGUAGGAACCACCUCCCGCCUCUUCGACGCUCCCGAUGAAUUUUCUGCUGCAGGUUCAAGCUCUCUACCUCAAUCAAGUUCGGCUAACCUUGGAACAAGCACAUCUGCACCUGGGGGAACGCUUGCUUCUAUAUCCGGGAGAUUGGCGGGCUUGGGAUUGAGUAGAUUUGUGGUCAAUGCAACCGGUCCUCCUUCCAAUUCCGGCUCGACAACGAGCUCUCCUCUUCCCGCAAGAAGCGUUUCACUGCCAGAAGCUGGAUCGCCAAUUAUAGGUCCUGUCGGUACUCCUAUCUCGACAGAGAAAUCUAAACAGAAACAGCCUCUUAAAAGGGCUACCUUUGUCCUUCCCAAUUUAAGCAUAACAUAUCCUAUAAGCUCUCAGGGUGAACCUUGGUCUGCUAAAGUGACAGAAGACAGAAGAAGAAUUGAGACCAACCAUAGAUUGUUAUUGUCGUCAAGUUGUGGACCGCAGUAUUGGAGUUCUCAUAGACUAGUAAUGUUAUACGAGAGCGCAUGUAGAGGAAGGGAAGAACGGCCUAGAGUAGGUAUUGUGAGAGCGCUAGAAGUCAUUCCGCUGCCGCCAAAAAGUCGACAUAUACAUCUUACCCUUCGGCCCGUGGAUCACACGACAAUAGGCGUCGCUCUUCCUGCUGGAAGUCCCAACACAUUAGACGCCCCACUGACCCGUUAUGCUGCCGAAUCUUUCGCCGAUGUAUUGUCUGCAGAAUGGGGAUUGAUGGACUUGAAAUUAGAGAAUGGAGUGAUAGAAGGAGAAGAUGUUCUGAAGCCCAUUCUUCACGCUCUUCUGAUAUCGGGGACUCUACCUUCUCUUGGUUUGGCGGGGAAUAAGAAGAUUAAAGCGGGUGGAUGGAGAUUGUUGGCUACCUUCCUGAAGCGUGCUCGCUCGUUGCGGUACAUUGACCUAUCCGACACCGUGUGGGACAAGAAAAGUGUUGAAUACCUGGUACUGGCAUUGGCCCCGACACAAUUGGGUGUCGAAGACUCGUCGUUCUUGCCCGAUCCCUCACUGUCUCCUGACCUUUUGAUGGAUAACACAUCGACCAGAAUUUCCUUAGAAGUCAAUGGAGAUGGGGAUGGUCCUGUUAGAGACGCGUAUGGUAGCUUCAUACCCCCGGCCCCGUUACUCAAAGAAGGAGAUGCAAAUCGGACUUCCGCGGUCGUACAGACCCUGCGUCUGGAUGGAUGCGGACUGAAGGCAAACGUUUUGGAAACUUUAGCCCAAGGUGUCCGCUCUUCUGAUCUCAAAAACAUCUCCUUGCGGCGGAAUCGUAUUGGCCCACUUGGAGCAGUCGCUCUGGCAUUGAUGAUCAGAGACUAUCCAGAUUCAGUUUUGACAAUGUCAUCGUUAUCCCCCGGAUUAACCUCUUCAGGUCUGGUACACUCACCCCUACUAGGACCUCCAUCUGACCCUGCGUCCAAUCCGUGUACACCGACGACACUACCAUACGCCGCUAGAACCCGAAAACCUCAACCACCCCUACCAAACCACGAUAGGGACCUACCUCCCAUACCAAUGAUUGUAUCUUCUGCUACGGGCGGUGUCACUUCAAGAACCAUUCCAGAAGGCUACAAACCACCUCCGCCUCCGAAACAUCCUUUAGUAAUGCCCGGUGGUGGUAAUUCAGCAAUGCAAGAGGCAGGCAACUUCACAGUAUCAAAUGCGACAGCGGAAGGGAGAAUGUCAACGAUGGAGUCAGGUGGAGCUAGUAUUGCACUGCAACGCAGUGUAAGAGCUUUAGAUGGCGUCGAAAGGAUCGGGCGUUUACUGACUUUAGAUCUGAAAUCGAAUGAGAUCAAAAAUGGCGUCAGUUACAUAGCUCAAGUACUGAAACGUAAUCGCACACUGAAGGUUCUCAAUCUGAGCGAUAAUCGAAUCGAGACUUCAGGCCUGGUAGCUAUUGCCGAAGCCCUCAAAUACAACUCGUCGCUUGAAACACUCGACCUUAGCUCAAACCCUUGUUGUGGUCCUAGUGGAGAAGGGAUAGCUGCGUUGAGAACCGCUUUCACCGUCAACACCUCUCUGAAAAGACUAUUUCUCGCAGAUACUGGCCUCACUAACGACGGAGCUAUAUCACUCGCCGAAUUCUUGCCUGAGACUAAAUCACUUCUUCACCUCGAUUUAACGAAUAACUCAUGUAUCGAUACUGCUGGUAUAUUAGCCAUUUCAGUGGGACUAAAGUCGAAUAAGCUAAUCAGAUGUCUCGAUAUCUCGAUUCCGCCGAAUUCGCCUGAUCUAGCUGGUCUGUCUCAGAACAUCCUUCAAAGCUGUAUACGCAAUACUGAGUUAGCAGUUGAAUCGAGCAAAUCACACCAGGAGGUGAUCUGGGGACCUAUCAAGAAAUCGACCCUAGUCAGACAGGUCAAAGAAGCCGAUGAAAUGCGAAAGGAGCAGGAAAGAUUAGCACUGGCACAAUCACCGGAAGGAUUGGCAAGAGAAUUCGUGUACACCUUGCGCCCUGAAAGAGUAGUUGUAGUCACUGAAGAGACGCUCAACGAUUUACAAAAAUGGUUUGAAGCUGCAGCAGUAUACAAGAAGAGAAGCUCACAAGCUAUCAGGUGGGAACCUGGACAAUUACCAAAAGAAGAGUUUGAAGAAUUGGUCCAGCGUUCAAAGGUUCUAAAAGAGAGAGUUGUUGAUCAGAUACAAGAGCCAAGUACCGAUGAUCGAAUGUUAGAACAUUUACUUGGUUUGAACGAUAUGUUGACUAAUUCUAUCGAAUUUGGAAGUACUUUCGUUCCUCCUCCAAGAUUGUUAUUGCCUUCACAAAUCGUUCCUACGGAAUCCUCUCCUAUUCAACCACAAAGACUUUAUCCGCAAAGAAGACAUAUGCGAAUCUCAUCAACCGAGAUAUCCAGUCCUAAUUUUUCAAUUGGUGACAGUGAUAAUGAUGACUCUGAUCCCGAAGAAAUCAAUGAGAACAGCUUUUCUCAAAAUACCCCUACAAAAUCUCCUGCUAAGUCGAAUCGUCUAAUAGCUUCAGGUCUAGGCUUAGGCUCAAUCACACCUAUAAAACACAAACCCUCCAUCAGUGGAGAAGAACAAGAGGAGGGAUUCCUCGAGGCACAAGGAAACGAAGCAUCACCUAUCACGGGAUUACAGCCUUUAACGUUGUUCAAUGGGGAAGACCAUUUGGAUGAUCUGACUUCUCCAACUGAGCAAACAAGUAGAGCAUGGGUGGAAGAAGAAGGUGAGAUUUUCAGAAAAGGAAUCAAAUUAGGUGUGGUCGAUGAUGAGGAUGACAAUCUCGGAAUGAGCGGGGAGAAAGGUGAAGUCAGCGGAGAAGAACUGCGCAAAGAAAUCCUUGACACUCCGGUCGCUAGAAGUCCGACGAGGCGAAUAAUAAACGAAGAUGGCGAGGAAGAUGAGGAAGCGGAUGAUGAUACGGAGGUACCUGCAGUGGAAGUUUAG